AUGGUGAAAAUUGCACGCGAUAGGGCAGCUAUGCUCAACAGCGAGCAUGGCACACAACCUCGCUCAGUGUCAGACGCGCUCUUUCUCCCCGAAGCUACCGACUAUAUUGCAUCUUCGAGCGCUGAAAGUGUGUCACUAGUGCGCUCCGUACAACAAAGUGAAUUUGUUCUUGGUCUUCAGAAAGAGGCUAGGAAUGCAAAGUUUCCUAUUAAUGUGGGUAUUCAUGAGCCUGCCCAAGGUGGUAUCAAGGUGAAGAAUACCUUGAUUUGGAUUGAUGAGCACGGAGAGAUUGUGCAACGGUAUCAGAAGAUACAUCUCUUUGAUGUUGAGAUUAAGGAUGGCCCGACACUCAAGGAAAGCGCGAGCGUUGAAGCAGGUACCCAAAUCCUCCCACCAUUCGAAACCUCUGUGGGACGAGUUGGUCUUGCGAUCUGCUUUGACCUACGAUUCCCUGAGAUCUCCAUAGCUCUAAAGCGCCAGAAUGCGCAGCUCAUAACCUUCCCAUCAGCCUUCACUGUACCUACAGGACAAGCACAUUGGGAGGCUCUUCUCCGUGCUCGUGCCAUUGAAACACAAUCAUAUGUCAUCGCUGCGGCACAAGUAGGAGCACAUAAUGAGAAGCGAAGAAGCUAUGGAAACUCAAUGAUAGUUGAUCCAUGGGGCCAGGUGGUUGCGAAGCUGGGAGGAGAAUUCAAGGAGCCUGAAAUUGCGACUGCUGAUAUCGAUUUUGAUUUGAUUGAUAAAAUCAGGAAAGAGAUGCCUUUGCUGCGUCGGACUGAUAUCUAUCCUGAGGUAUGA